UUCCCAGAAACGAUGGAACAGUAACAUGUUAUGUAGACAAAUACCCAAUAAACUUUCUCAUCGACUCUGGAGCCUCGAUAAAUACUGUAACCGAAGGAGCGUGGCGUACACUGAAAGAAAACAAAGCGCAUAUUUAUAAAACUAAAUUUCAAUGCGAUCGACAAUUCAAAGCAUACGCAACCGAUACCCCAUUACGAGUUUUGAUCGUGUUUGAAACAUGGGUUUCAAUUAACGAGACAAAACCCCGAAGUUAUGCAGAAUUUUUUGUUAUAGAAGGUGCGAACAAAUGCCUCCUUAGUAAGAGAACUGCAGAGGAACUCAAAGUAUUAAAAGUGGGACUAGACGUACAAACAGUGGAGGAUAAGGAUGUACCCUUUCCGAAAUUUCCAAAUAUUCAGGUUAGGCUGUCGAUAAAUAGAAGCAUACUUCCUAAGAAAAUAGCUUAUUUAAGAGUUCCUGUACCCUUAGAAUCGAAAGUGGAUGAUAAAAUUGCUGAAAUGCUACGUAGUGAUAUAAUUGAACGAGUCAAGGGCGCACCAGAAUGGAUUUCACCGAUGGUCGUUGUGCCUAAAGGCCAGGCUGAUGUUAGACUUUGUAUUGAUAUGCGAUAUCCAAAUGAAGCUAUUCAACGCGAGCAUUUCCCACUCCCAGUGAUAGAAACAUUCUUAAACAAGUUAAGAGGAUCUGUAUAUUUCUCAAAGUUGGACAUUACUUCAGCAUUCCACCAUAUUGAAUUGCAUCCAGAGUCCCGACCAAUUACUACAUUCAUGACAGCUAAAGGAUUAAUGCAAUUCAAACGAUUAAUGUUUGGGAUCAACUGCGCGCCGGAAAUUUUUCAGCGCAUUAUGUCCGAAAUGCUAAUUGGAAUUGAAGGGGUCAUCGUGUAUAUUGAUGACAUUGUUGUAGUUGGGAAAACCCUUUUUGAGCACGAUUCACGACUUGAAGAAGUUUUAGAUGUACUUAAGGAAAACAAUGCAAAGCUGAAUGAUGCUAAAUGUGUAUACCGCGUUAAAGAAUUGGAAAUAUUGGGCUUUAAAGUCAAUGCGUAUGGUAUAAGUCCAUCUGAUGAGAAAAUUGAAUCAAUAAGAAAUUUUCGUCGGCCUACAACUAAAGAAGAAGUACGAAGCUUUCUUGGACUUGUCAAUUUCGUGGGUCACUUUAUUCCGCGUUUAUCAACACGUAGCGAACCAUUACGUCGAUAUAUCCGAGGAGAUGACAAUCUAUAUGGCGAAGAGCAACACAAGGCAUUCAACGAUCUUCGUGAUGAGCUGUCAAAUGGAGUUCAGAAGCUUGGAUUUUAUGACCCUGAAGAUAUCACUGAGUUAUAUGUCGACGCCUCAUCAGUAGGCCUAGGUGCUGUUCUGGUACAGAAGGAUAAGUGCAGCGUACCACGAAUUAUUACUUUCGCUUCUAAGGGUUUAACAUCCGCCGAGAAAGCCUACCCACAAACACAACGUGAGGCGUUAGCUGUAGUCUGGGCGGUGGAAAAGCUUUAUUUAUACCUGUAUGGAAUUCAUUUCACAGUUUUUACCGACCACAAGACAUUAGAGUACAUUUAUGGUGGGAAGUAUCGCGAUGGUAAACGGGCCUGCUCCCGAGCCGAAUCGUGGGCGCUCCGCUUACAGCCUUACGAAUUCAAAAUUAAACACAUCCCAGGAGUAUCAAAUAUUUCCGACAUAUUAUCAAGACUUUGUCCAGCAUCUGAAUCAGCGUUUGAUGAGGAAUCAGAGCACUUUCUCUUUGCGGUGGGAGAUGGUCCGUUCGCCAUAACAUUGGAUGAAAUUAUUAAUGAAACCCAUCGUGACGAUAUACUGGCUUCUGUAAUGAAAGCCUUGCAAACGAAUGAGUGGCCCAGCAAUUUAUUUAGAUACCAAGCAUUUCAGAACGAAUUGGGAAUUAUUAAUGGUGUAUUGGUGCGAGAGGAAAGAAUUAUUCUUCCACUGAAUCUAAGAUCUAGAGCAUUAUCAAUCGCACAUCGUGGGCAUCCUGGAGUGGUUUCCAUGCGACGUAUUCUUCGCGAAAAAGUAUGGUGGCCAUGCAUGGAUAAUGACAUAAGCAACACAAUACAAGAAUGCGCAGGAUGUGCAGCGGUGAGCAAAGAAUAUCCUCCUGAGCCAAUGAUAAGGAAGAAACUACCAGAACGAGCGUGGCAAGAAAUCGCAAUAGAUUUCUUUUCGGCGAAGUAAUGCGCCACUUUCUUGGUUGUUGUGGAUUAUUUCAGCCGAUUUUUGAAAGUAAUAGAAAUGAAGAGUACAAACGCCUCUAAAACUAUAGAAGCCCUAGAGAAUAUAUUUUCGGAGCAAACCUAUCCAGAGACUAUAAGGAGUGAUAACGGUCCCCCGUUUUCAAGUGAAGAAUUUGCUCGAUAUUGCUUGGAAAAAAACAUCAAUUUGAUUCGUACGAUACCGUAUUGGCCUCAAAUGAACGGGUUAGUCGAGAGACAGAACCAAGGGAUUCUGAGAACAUUACGCAUAGCAAAGGCCACGAACAGUGAUUGGCGUAAAGCAUUGAAAGAUUAUGUGUUCAUGUAUAACACCUCCCCGCACUCGGUUACAGAAAAGGCUCCUAUGGAGCUAUUGAUGGGUCGGCCAGUGAAAAAUCUGUUACCAUCUCUUCGAACAGAACCACGAUUACUUCGUGAUGAUGAGGUAAGGGAAAGAGACGCAAUAAAAAAAAAUGCAAGGGAAACUGUAUGCAGAUAAACGCAGGCAUGCUAAAGCUUCAGAUAUUGAGGUCGGAGACACAGUUAUAAUGCGAAACUACGUGACGGGAAAGCUAGAACCGAAAUUUCGGCUUGAUCGCUUUAAGGUGAUUAAAAAGACCGGUAACGAUACAAUCAUCGCAAACGAUGAAGGUUUGAUAUAUCGACGAUCCGCCAGCCAUCUGCGAAAGUGGCCCUCGCCAGAAUUAACUGAUGUAUGUAAAGAUUUACCCUCAGAACCAGCUAAUUAUCAUUCUUCAGCUUUAGAUCAUCGUAAUCAAACAUCAAAAUACACCACCGAUAUUUCUAAAGAGUUGACACCCGAAACGCAAUCAGAACAACAAAAGUCUCACUUUAAAACAGCUGCACAGGAUCAGUUAUUAAAGCGCCCCAGCAGGACCAGAAUCCGACCACAGCGAUAUAGUCCUUAAAAUAAUUCGGUGUCGCAAGCUAAUAUGGGCUUGCAAAGUACUUCCUUCAAGGUAGAGAAAGGAUGUAGAGUUCGGUACAUCUCGAGUACAUCUCUGUUGAUAAAAAGAGAAGAGCAAACCAAAAGCAGAGUAGUAAUAAACCAGAGUGUAAACUUAACAAAUGCCACGGGGGCAGAAUAAAUUGAACGGUGCAUCUGGAUGGUCGCAGAUCCGUUGUACUGCCAGAAAAGCGCGUUGUUUUGUGCCCAUUAAAUAUAUCCGAAAACAC